GGUGUAGGAGGAGUAGGAGUAGGAUUAGGAGUUGGAGGAGUAGGAAUAGGAGUAGGAGUAGGAGGAGGAGCAUCAUCAUCAUCUGGCAUUGGAGGGUCUUUAGUUCUAGUUAGUGGGGGACCUCGGGUAGCUGGCACUUCGGGGAACAACCUACUUGGCAAGACAGGUGCAGCAGGCCUCGGCAGCAGGAGUGUUGUGACUGGAGGUGCAAACGUUGUGGGAAUAAUUACAAGACUGACAGGCAGGAGUGUUACUGCAGGCAACAUGCCUGUGAGAGAGGCACUGCAGGAGAGGAUCAACCAGCUCACUUGUCCACGACCGCCAGAUAACUUGGACCCAACACUAAUCCAUCGAAUUCCUCCUGAAGUUCUGGUGCUGGUGUUUGACUUGCUAGAUGACAUGACGCUGUGGUCAGUAGGCCGAGUGUGCCGGCGCUGGCAGCAGUUAGUGGCACGUUAUGUCUCAGAAACACAGUGGCAAGAAUACACAAAAUGCAGGUGGCCUCUGUACAGGCCUCUCUACACCAAAGUGCCGUGGCAGUUGGUCUACACGAAGUUAACCGAGAGUGCUCCAUGUCAGAUGUGCCUACACCAGAUGUCACUCCUCACAGCACCGCCUUCCAAUGAAAAUUCAUGGAGGCGAAACCGACUGCGGAAUGAACUCAGAACAUUAAGGUCUGAUCCUCCCGAGGGGAUAGAGGCUUCACCCUUAGACAAAAUGUCCCUGCACUGGCAGGCCUCCAUUCGGGGCCCGGCUGGUUCCCCUUACGAGGGUGGGACUUUCUACCUGUACAUACAGAUUCCUCCGAGCUACCCUCUGUGUCCACCAGUUGUGCGAUUCAUUACUAUGAUCUUCCACCCAAAUGUCUCCCGUCAUGGCGACAUUGGCAUUGACUCCAUACAGCACAACUGGUCACUGGCUCUCACCAUCUCGAAGGUCCUCAUCUCAAUCCAGUCACUGCUGACAGACCCCUACACCAAGGUUUGCAUGGAGCCAGAGAUCGGGAGACUGUACGACUCCAAUAAAUGCCAGUUUGAGCGUGUGGCUCGCUCCUGGACAUGGCGCUACGCAAUGCACGAUGCUUUCCUUCCUGAGGUCACACCGACGCUUUCCCUCAGUCGACCUGCUUCCACAUGUAGUUCAGUCUCGCAGGCUGAACAAGAUGAGGGGAAGCCGUCAAGUAGAACAAAGGCGGAUGAGCCAUGCGUUGCAGCUCUUCCGACAUGAGUGAUGUGUUUAUUUGCAACUUAAGGAGAGAACAGACUUUCCAGAAAGAGUGACCAAGAAAACUCCGCCUGUCUGGGUGUGACUGCAUUCUGAAUUCCGUUUUGCAUGUUAGGAAGACGAUCAUUUAUGAAGAGUGUGUGUUAGAGAAUGUUUGUUUCAAUUGUAAAUAAUGUAUAAAAGUUCAGAUACCUUAAAAAGGACAAUAAUGGCAUAUUUUUGGGUUGAUUUAUUCUGAUCUUCAGAAAUAGUGCUCUUUUUAAAUGUGGUGUAAUUUUUAUUGUGUACCAAAUUGUCACAUGAAAAUCGUUGUACUUGAAAUAUCAUGUAACAUUCUUUCUGGUGAUUUUGUUUUUGGAAGAAAAUAUCUCAUUAGUCAAAUCAUUGCUGCGACAUGAUUGAUAUGGACUAGAUAAUAACAUUGUACUAUAUGUAGUUUGUGUAUGCUGAUUCUUGUCUUUUUGUUCCCAUUUUUUCUCUAUUUUUCACACUUUCCACACCAGAGUUGUGGUGGAGUAAUAGUAGAGGCUACAUGGCCUUCCUCAUGUUACUAUAUUUAACCAGUGAUAGUAAUAGAGCAGCUGGAUUGGCAUUGCGCUUUGAACAGAAUCGAGAUUCAGAUUGAGUGGAAGCCAAAAUAGUACCAAGUAGUGCUAAUUCUAAACCUUUCUUCUGACUCCAGAACUACCCUGUUAUUAACUAAUCAGUAUGAUGUGCUCUGUGAUAAUUGUAUGAUCAUGUAUGGCAUUCUUGAGGAGCAUUGUCAUGGGGGAGAAUGUUGAUUGAUGUCUAGUCUUUUUAUUCAUACUUUGAAGGACUUGAUAAUCGCUACAUAAUGAUGUGGACUGUAUUAAGUGUGAUUCACCUAUCCUGAGAUGAACUGAGUAUGCCUAGUGUUUCUACUUUUGUAUUUGGUAGUUGAUAUGGACGAAACAUAAUGAUUCCAGUAAUGUGUGAGGGUGUUUCUAAAUGGUCUGAAAAUUAGAGGACUGAAGAGAUAAAUUGAAGGUAGAUUAUUUAUUUAUAACAUGAGUUUGUUGUUGUGGUGUUUAAGAUAAUAUUAAAAGAGUUUGAAAGCUUGGAUUUUCACAGUUUGAACUAUGAAUGAGUUAAAGAGAAAAGUAACUGCAUGUUCUUCCCUUCUCUGUUGUUAUAUCACAAUAGUAAUCCCCACAUUAUAUAGAAUACUACAUGGUUUGCAUGAAAUAUGUAGAAUGUCAAAAAUAUGUAUCAAAUAAUCUGUAGUUCGUUGAAUUCAAGUUUACCAUUACAUUGAAGCACAUCUUUGUGCAUAACUCACAAGAAUUUUCAGACUCAUUAUCCAUACAAUUUUCUUCCUCAUCAUAUAUCUUUAUCAUUGGUACCUCAAACUCAUAUGAUUAUUGAGCUAUAAUGUGUCUCCUGUCCUUUUGUCUCUUCUGUCAGAUCCUCUUCUCCAUUCACCAAAUUAGCCUCUAGUUCCUUCUCUUUGUCUGUCAUCUUAUCAUCAUCCCUUUUCCAUUUUCCUUUCCCUUUUCCCUUUUGUCUCUUCUCUUUUCCUUUUUCCUCUCCUCCCCUCUCUCUCUUGUUCAUGGCUGUCACUUUCUUGUUUGUGCUGCCUUAAUGUGUGGUUGUGAAUAUUUUUAUAAGGCAAGUAAAGAAAGAAAGAAGAAAGGAUUUUUUGUGAUUCACACUGGACCACUGAUAAGGACAUAAGGUAGAUGAAUGAUUCACUGUAGGUGUUUUGUAUUAGGUUCUGAGAAAAAAUUACAUAAAAAAAUCAUGAGUAUUUUGUGUAAAAGUUGUGUAUCUGUGGUCUCUUUGAUGGCAGUUUCUUUGCAUAACUCAUAAUGAGUUUUUUGGCAUGUUACUUAUAUACUUUUCAAUAUUCAUAUAUUUUUGAUCAUGUACCUCCUUUAUCAUAUGUAUAGCUUCAUUCAUGAUUAUUACUAUUAAGACAGUUCUCUGGUUUGUAUGGUUAAUCAUGUCUUUUUUUCUAUAGAACUACAUGUUAAAAGAAAUCUUGCUAUCUUUGUGAUGUGCAAUUGAAAAUAAAAAUUGAAGUUCCAGAAAAUGUUUUGCUAUGUUAUUGAAGACAAUAUGUUUGUUUGAGAAUAUUGUAUGUUCCUUUAAUCUUGAUUUUAUAGUUUUUGUCAGAAACUUGCUUUUAUCUUGUUGGAGCGUCUAUUUGACCACUACAGUAAAAGUGUUGCUAGAGUUCUAUAUAUUUCCUGGGAAAGGAGUGAACAAGAUAACUUUACAUCUAAUGAGUAGGAAAACAUUUAUAAGAUGCAUGCAUGCCAAGUUUUAAAAUUACUGUUUCUUUUAAUAUUUCAUGUUGAAAUAAACUGAAGUAUUGGGUGGUCUAAAGGUUAUUUUCUGAACUGAAUAUGUAUGGGUUGAAAAAACUCUCAAGAAGCUUGUAAAUAAGCUUUCUGUUAACUGAUAGUUCCUUUUUUUUUAGCAAGGUAGUAUGAUAAUUGUGACUUGCAAGUAAGACUGGGAGAUGUAAGCAUUUUUAUCUGGCAAGGCACACACAUGCAGGUAUUGCUUUUUGCCUCUAACAUUAUUUAACCAAGGCCAUCACUACAGGAGAUAUAUAACAGAUUAACAUAUUGUUUACACAGGCGAGAUAGAGGUUUGGUGUGCAGGUUUCAUACCUUAGCAUCUUCAGGGAGAUAUUUUUUUUUUAUUAGAUUAUGAGAUAUUUUAUGUAGAACUGUAUCAUUUGUAAGCUGUAACGGGGUCCUCAAGUUGAGAGAAAAAAAAGGUGGAAGAAUAUUGAUGUGGAUUAUUGAACGUGAUUCUUACUUUGUUGACUCUUAACAGCUUCCUUUUAUUAAAAGAUAUAACUUAC